CGGGGCCAGCCCGCUGAUCAGAGGCGCUCAUCUCCUGCUUUCCUGGGGAUCCGUCUCGUGUUUGUGGAUUACAGCCCUUGGCAUCUCCUGAAUGCAUCUCCUUCUGGAGAGUCCUGGACUCCGCAUGACCUGCCUCCUGCCGCCGGCGAUGGGAGCGGCUGCGCUGCGUGCUGGGAGUUGGCAUUCGCUGUAAGCAGGGGCAAGCAGAGGACUGCGCUGGGGAGCUUCAUGCAUACAAAAGAAGUGAAAGCAAGACACAAAAGACAUCAACAGAUGACAGUCUGGUUCUUCAAACUACGCAUUAAAGCAGCACUGUGGUUCUGAACCAUAGGCAGUGUUAUCCGAAUGCUUAUAUGGUUGAGAGUAUGACGUCUCCCGCCAAUGCCUGUGGGAACAACACCAUAGUUACCUCUCACGCUGCAGAUAAGUGUGUCUCAAGAACUUUAUCUGAUGGGAACUGUCACAAUGGGGCAAGUGGCAGUGCCGGCAAGAAAGGCGAAACAGAGGAAGAAAAGCUGGCCGCUUCUAAAACCCCUCACCGCUAUACCGCCCCAAAACAACGAGCAAGCCCUGGUAACGAAAGGCCGCGUUCUAUGAUAACUGCAGGGAAUUCCUCCACGUGGAAUGCUUUGUCAUCUUUGAGAAAGAUGGGCUCCUUCAAAAAAUUAAAGUCUUCUGUCCUGCAGGGUAUACAGGCAAAGGAAAACGCUAAUAUUUUAAACGCGCAAGAGUCCGGUGGGGAUGUUCAGAAGUGCUCACCCACCGAUGGAAUUGUAAGUUAUCAAUCCCCAUGCAGGCUUCUAAAGUCAAGGCCCAUGCAGGAAUGUUACAAUAUGAUGGAUGGACUUCAAUCCGAUGGAUCAGAUGCUGAGGAAACGGAUAACUCCUUCUUGAGAAGUACCCAUAGAUCUAGGAGCAUCAGGCGUGCCUAUGGCGCUGGACGUAUAAAUUUAUUAGAUGAUGAUAAAACUCGUGCUUGUCGUAGUCCCCUUGCAUUGUCCCCGGCUAGACAAGAACCAAGCAUCUGUGAGAUUAUAGUAAAAGAUUCCGAAAGUAACCGUGUCAUUUAUAGAAGGAGUAAGAGCACAGACAAUCUAAAUUUCCUCAAAAAGAGUUCAUUCAAGAGGAAGUCUACCUCCAACCUGGCAGAUGUAAAAUCCCACAGCGAAAGGGAGAUUGUACAAACGACUAUGCUAAGCAUAUCCGCCGAUUCAGGUAGAAUGGGCGGGACUCCUGAGAGAAGUUCAAAGCGUUGGAGAAGUCCAAUUAGAGCGAAAGAUUUUGAUAGGGUAUUAAAAAUCAUGAGCAAUGUGACGGACGGCAGUCGGAAGAGAGAGGGUAAUAAGUGCGCCUCUCCAACUAACGAGGAAUCCCACAGGAGCAGACCAAACAGUCGCUUGCACGAUGAUUACUCAAGGAGAGUUUCAAGCAGUGCAGAAAGUGACAGAAGGAGAUGUAUAUAUAACCCACAUUCUCCGUUAUCGGAUUCUAAAUGUUUUCUCAAUUCCACACAGUCCCCUACUGCUGCUCUUGAUUUUGAAAUGAGUGUUCUGCAUACUGACCCUAAAAUAUCAUCAGACUGCAGUGUGUCCCCUACGUGUAGAAGUUUAACCCCAUUGGCCAACGAGGUCUUUUAUUCUGACUCUGAGGAACCAAAGCACAUGACCCAUUCUGUAUCGGAAUAUGGACCUUUUGGUACUCCUGUGAGGCCAACAGCCCCAAAACCUCAAAGCCCCAGUACGGAAUUGUACAAGUCUAGUAUUUCCAUCCAUUCCCCAAACCAUCACAGCACUUUAUCACUGAGCUCAAUGGAAAGCGAUGAAAGAUCCGAGGUGGUCAUGCAAAAGGCUGAUAGGAGCCCCCUCUCUUUUAAGGACCAUGUAAAGCCAUUGUAUUCUGAUGAUGGGAAUGAGGAUAGCGGGGUCAGCAGCCACUCUCAAUUGAGUCUCAAUGUAGUCAAUGAAGAAAAGCAAGAUGAGGUUCCCACUGAAGAGUCCUGGACAAAACCCCCAUCACAUGAUGAAGAAAAAACUGACCUUCAAAAAGUGUCACCUCGGAAAAGGGCCUCUGGAAAAAGCAGGUCUCGGCCGAGGCCGCUUUCAGAUUACGGUCAGAUGGCUAUCCGUAGCUUUUCCAUCCCAGAAGACUCUGUCCCAAUGGACUCGCAUGAGCCCAAUAACGGGAAUUGUAAGUUUCCCUUGCGAUCGUUUAGCGAAGAGGCAAAGUUUCGAAAACAUAGCACUGAGUACCAAGGGGAUUGUAGAAGGAGACCCAUUUCAGUGAUAGGAGGUGUCAGCUUUUACGGAACAAGAGAAGACGAAGAUACCGGGGGCAUGCUGCAACAACCUGUACCUCGUCCUCCAGUUCCGGCGCACAAAGUACCACCAUACAAAGCUGUUUCUGCCCGUUUGCGCCCAUAUGCCUUCUCGCAGAGCACACCCAUUGGACUGGAUCGAGUCGGGUGUCAGAGGCAAACCAGGAUCUCUAACAUUUCUACAGAUGGAGGUGCGGAGUCUCCUGCUUUAGUCGAUGAUAAUGGUAGUGAGGAUGAUUAUAACUAUGAUGACAUCUGUCAAGCCAAUCCAAGGUAUCUGCAGCCAGGAGGAGAACAGCUGGCUAUUAACGAGUUAAUAAGUGAUGGCAGCGUGGUGUAUGCAGAAGCCUUGUGGGACCACGUGACCAUGGAUGAUCAAGAGCUGGCCUUCAAAGCAGGAGAAGUCAUAAGAGUUCUGGAAGCCUCAAACAAAGACUGGUGGUGGGGAAGAAUUGGAGACCACGAGGCCUGGUUUCCUGCUAGUUUUGUCAGGUUACGUGUCAAUCAGGAGGAUGUGUCAGAACAUUCUGGGAGUUUCCAGGAUGAAGAACAAGAUGUUGAUGUUAGGAAAGUACGCCACAAGAACACAGAAAACAAAGAUCAAAUGAGGACCAAUGUUAUUCGAGAAAUAAUGAACACUGAACGUGUCUACAUCAAGCAUCUGAAAGACAUCUGUGAGGGCUAUAUAAAACAGUGCCGAAAACAUACAAGCAUGUUCACCGAGGCCCAGCUGAAGACCAUUUUUGGAAACAUUGAAGACAUCUAUAAGUUCCAGAAGACGUUCUUGAAGGAUCUCGAAAGGCAGUACAAUAAGGAAGAGUCUCACCUGAGUGAGAUUGGGGGCUGUUUCCUAGAAAAUCAAGUUGGUUUCUCAAUCUACUCUGAAUAUUGCAACAACCACCCGAAUGCUUGUUUGGAGCUAUCAAACUUGAUGAAGCACGGAAGGUACCGGCACUUUUUUGAGGCUUGCCGGCUUCUCCAGCAAAUGAUAGACAUUGCAAUUGAUGGCUUCCUCCUGACUCCUGUACAGAAGAUCUGCAAAUACCCCCUGCAGCUGGCUGAGCUACUCAAAUAUACCACUCAAGAGCACAGUGAUUACAACAAAAUAAAGGAAGCUUAUGAAGCCAUGAAAAAUGUUGCUUGCCUAAUUAACGAGCGGAAGAGGCGCCUGGAGAGUAUAGACAAAAUCGCCUGCUGGCAGGUGUCUAUAGUAGGUUGGGAGGGACAAGAUAUUUUAGCCAGAAGUUCUGAACUUAUCCACUCAGGGGAAUUGACCAAAAUCUUCAAACAAGGGAAGACCCAACAAAGGACCUUCUUUCUAUUUGACCACCAACUGGUGUUCUGCAAGAAGGAUCUACUGCGGAGGGACAUUUUAUAUUACAAGGGUCGAAUUGACAUGGACGAGAUGGAUUUUAUGGACGUCGAAGAUGGAAAAGAUAGAGACUUCAACUUAAACAUUAAGAAUGCGUUUAAAAUUGUAAAUAAAGAGACCGAUGAAGUCCAUUUGUUUUGCGCAAAGAAACCUGAGGACAAGCAGAGAUGGCUCAAGGCUUUUGUGGAUGAACGGAAAAGAGUUCAGGAGGACAAAGAGAUGGGAAUGGAGAUUUCAGAAGACCAAAAGAAACAAGCCAUGCACAACGCAAAGAAGUCGAGGCAAGGGAAGUUAAAAAGUGUUGCCUACAAUGGCUUCCCUGCUAUCCCUCCUCAUCAGAACCUGCAUCCAAUCCACCAGCGCCAUCUAAACAUGCCGACCAGCAUUCCUCAGCAGCAGGUGUUUGCGCUGGCAGAACCCAAACGAAAGACUUCUCCUUUCUGGAACACAAUCACCAAACUUACGCCUUUCAAGAAAUAAGGAGUCUGACAAUUCCAAAGGACUUUGAAUGCUUCUUCCCUGGAGAAUGACACAUUUAAGAACAAACCCCGAGUACUUUGGAGACACUUUUUAUUAUUGUUAUACUUGGAGACUAAAACAACAUUUAAUGAAGGGAAAAA